AUGUCUCCGCUGUUGGUCCCACUGGAGUGCGUUGUACACCUACAGAGAAGGAAAUUAGCUAUUUUACUUCAACCGACAAGUUUUUAUCAUGUUUGGCGAAGAGGUAACGAACCGAAUGGGAAGCAACGGAAACAACAGACUACUUAUUUGCUGAGCCCCAACCUGAGGACAGCCACAUGGACAGUCAACAGGAGUGACAACAGCAGACGUUUACUGGAAGCUGCAAAGCAUUUGCAGGCGACAGAGCGGACAUGUUGGCAUGGAAAUGCGGGUGGAAGAUUAAACGCAGACCCCAAAAAUGUGUUGAAGGAGGUGAAUUCCCGGACCAUCCUGUCUAACAUGCUGUCCUACGUGUGGCCCAAGGACCGGCCUGAUCUACGGGCUAGAGUAGCCAUCGCCCUGGGCCUGCUGGCUGGAGCUAAGAUGACCAACGUGAUGGUACCCUUCAUGUUUAAGUAUGCUGUGGAUGAGCUGAAUGGACUGUCGGGACACAUGUUGAACCUGAGCGACGCCCCCAACACCGUGGCUACCAUGGCAACCGCUGUUCUUAUUGGUUACGGUGUGUCCCGUGCCGGUUCGGCCCUCUUCAACGAGCUGCGUAAUGCCGUGUUUGGGAAGGUGGCCCAGAGUUCCAUCCGGCGUAUCGCCAAGAACGUGUUCCUGCACCUCCACAGCCUGGACCUGGGCUUCCACCUGUCCCGCCAGACGGGGGCGUUGUCAAAGGCCAUUGAUAGGGGCACCAGGGGCAUCUCCUUCGUCCUCUCUGCCAUUGUCUUCAACCUGGGACCCACUGCGCUGGAGAUGGGGCUGGUCUCUGCUAUCCUGUAUUAUAAAUGCGGGGUGGAAUUUGCUGCGGUGACUCUGGGUACUCUGGGAGCGUAUACCGCCUUCACCAUUGCUGUCACACAGUGGAGGACUCGGUUCAGGAUAGAGAUGAACAAUGCAGACAACGAGGCAGGAAACGCUGCCAUUGACUCUUUACUGAACUAUGAGACCGUUAAGUAUUUCAACAAUGAGAAGUAUGAAGCAGAGAAGUAUGAUGGUUAUCUGAAGAGCUACGAGUCCUCCUCCCUGAAGACCACCUAUACCCUGGCCAUGCUCAACUUUGGACAGAGUGUCAUCUUUAGUGUGGGCCUCACUGGUAUCAUGGUGCUAGCUAGCAAGGGGAUCAUGGCAGGCUCUAUGACAGUAGGAGACCUGGUGAUGGUGAAUGGUCUGCUGUUCCAGCUCUCUCUGCCUCUUAACUUCCUGGGCACCGUGUACAGAGAGACACGCCAGGCCCUGAUCGACAUGAAUACACUCUUCACACUGCUCAGUAUUGACACCAAGAUCAAGGAGACAGAUCUGGCCCCUCCUCUCUCCGUCACCCCUCAAGAAGCCACCAUCAGGUUUGAGGAUGUCUACUUUGAGUACCUGGAAGGACAGAAGGUUCUAGAGGGCGUCUCCUUCCAGGUGCCGGCUGGGAAGAAGGUGGCCAUCGUAGGAGGGAGCGGAUCAGGGAAGAGCACCAUAAUGCGUAUGUUGUUCCGGUUCUACGAGCCCCAGAAGGGGAACAUCUACAUCGCUGGACAGAACAUCAGGGACGUUGGACUGGACAGCCUGCGACGGGCCGUAGGGGUGGUACCACAGGAUGCAGUGCUCUUCCACAACACCAUCUUCUACAACCUUCAGUACGGGAACAUCAACGCCACGCCAGAGGAGGUGUACCAGGUGGCACGGCUGGCAGGGAUCCAUGACGCCAUCCUCAGGAUGCCCCACGGAUACGAGACUCAGGUCGGGGAGAGGGGACUCAAACUCUCAGGUGGGGAGAAGCAGCGUGUGGCUAUAGCCAGGGCCAUACUGAAGAACCCUCCUAUCCUGCUGUAUGACGAAGCUACCUCCUCACUGGACUCUAUCACUGAGGAGAACAUUCUUAAUUCCAUGAAGGGUCUGGUCCAGAACCGGACAUCGGUGUUCAUCGCUCACAGACUGUCCACCAUCGUAGACGCGGACGAGAUCAUCGUACUCAACAAGGGUAAGAUAGCAGAGCGAGGGGACCACCACUCUCUCCUGGCUACUCCAGGCUCUCUGUAUGCUGACCUGUGGAACACUCAGAACAGUAAGAUACUGAACAUUAAGAACAGCCUGGUGGCACCGCAGCCAGAGAGACUCAGCCAGAAGGAGGAGGAGAGGAAGAAACUACAGGAGGAGAUCAUGAACAGUGUCAAGGGCUGUGGGAACUGCUCCUGUUGAGGAGAGACCAGGAGGUGCCACCUCCCUCAAUACCUGUCCUCCCUUCCUCCUCCGUCCACUGACAACCUGCGCUCAGUACUUUACGUUACACCGCUCUCCCAUCUCACCCCUGCCACGCCAAGCCCCUCCCCCUGCUCCUCCCGGGAAGGCGAUUGGUGCCCGAAGAGGAGACUUGAGGAGCAAGGCUGUCUGCCAUUGGCUAAUGUUUGCAGAGAGGCAAUGUUCGUCUGCCAAUCCUCUCCUCAAACCAAGCAUAAGAGACCUUGUAUAGGAUGAUGACAUCGUGCUGUAUAGGAUGACGACAUCGUGCUGUAUAGGAUGACGACAUCGUGCUGUAUAGGAUGACGACAUCGUGCUGUAUAGGAUGACGACAUCGUGCUGUAUAGGAUGACGACAUCGUGCUGUAUAGGAUGACGACAUCGUGCUGUAUAGGAUGACGACAUCGUGCUGUAUAGGAUGACGACAUCGUGCUGUAUAGGAUGACGACAUCGUGCUGUAUAGGAUGACGACAUCGUGCUGUAUAGGAUGACGACAUCGUGCUGUAUAGGAUGACGGCGUCGUGCUGUAUAGGAUGACGACGUCGUGCUGUAUAGGAUGACGACGUCGUGCUGUAUAGGAUGACGACGUCGUGCUGUAUAGGAUGACGGCGUCGUGCUGUAUAGGAUGACGGCGUCGUGCUGUAUAGGAUGACGGCGUCGUGCUGUAUAGGAUGACGACGUCGUGCUGUAUAGGAUGACGACGUCGUGCUGUAUAGGAUGACGACAUCGUGCUGUAUAGGAUGACGACAUCGUGCUGUAUA